AAACCAUCGAAGUACUUUUAAAGCUAGAUGAUUUUGCUACACUUCCUUUAAAUUUACAUCACGCAAAAUAUCAUCUGGGCACACAGCAGACACAGUUCCCAGGGUAAUGCUAAGUUAUGCAUCACAAAUCGCUCAUUAAAAGGCGCCACACAGCUUAAAUAUUCGCAAAGAAAGAUUCGGGCGGUCAACAACUGCGUUUGGGCUUCCACAGCGGGCGGCCUGUGCUGAUACAGGCCGCCCGCAGGCUCUAGUAAUGCAUACACUGGAGCCCAGGAAACGGACCCUUUUCUUUGGUAUCAGGUCAUGGCCUCGACGGACCGCGGCCGCUCAGAUGGCUAUAGCUACCAAACCUCGCAGCUAGGACCAGCAAGGCCAAGCACAUCCAUCACAUACUCGCCACCGCCCGGCGCCUUUGGCUAUAAAAGCAAAGGCACGCGUUUCGCGCCACCGCCGUCUCCGGCUACUGCCGCUCGCGCGCGUAGCCCACUUCCUGCCUCCAGCUACGGUGCCGGAGCGGGAAAAGGCAGCACGUCGCCGCCCCCUUUCCGGCCGGGAGGCUACGCACAGUUGGCCCAGAACAGACCUGGAAGCGGCCUUAGCGUAGCCAUGGCCACCCGCGCCAAGACACCUGCAGCAUCCCGGCCCUCUCCCUCCACCCAGUUCGCUAGGCCAGCGGAGAGGCGAGCCAUGACCCCACCCUCACGCCUCGCCACCAUCACCAGCGCCCCCUACACGGCUCCUGCCUUCCCUACCGGCACCCGCCGUUCGCCCCUUACAACCCCACGCUCACAGCCUACCAGGACUGCUACCGCCGCUAGCAGCCCGCCUUCUCGGACCCAAGCCUGGGCUGCCUCUGCUACUGCCACAGCAGCGGCUGGUUUGCCGUACUCCCACACCAUCAGCCCCGCCCUCAGCACACCGCCGUACACGCCAGCCCCCGCAAAGGGCGCUUCUCCGGCCCUGCCGGGAUCUCCCUUGCCGUACAAUGUGACCCCAACCCGCAACACCGGCGGCAGCGGCAUCAUCAGCGAUAGCAGCGCCACUCGAGGAGGUGCAGGGGGGCAUGCAGCGUUGCCGACAGCCGCGCUGCGUGCAGCUGCCGCAACCGCUGCUGCCGUCAGCCCAGCACCAGCGGCAGCAGUCAACCAGGCUGCCUCAAAUGCACCUGAUUCAAGCCUUCCCUACAGCAACCGGCGCGCAGGGCAGGGGCCAGCGUUGGGGAUGCCGGACGGUGCCUCCCAUGGUGACCAGGGCGAUUUCGGCUCCAGCCUGUCUCGCAAACAGCCCAGAAGCGGCUCGGUACGGAGUCCAGGGUCUGCGUUCCGGGAGCCGGCAGAGGACUGGCUGGCCUCCUUCGAGCGCUCCUCCGCACCCAUCAUGCAACAACUGGAGGGGCUGCUGGGUCACAUACCCGUGCCCAUGGCCUCGCCAUCGUCCCCCCCUGAAGUCGGGGCACCACCGCUGCAGCUGCCCCUGCCGCCCACACCGGGACUCCCGGCCGGGCUCCUAAGAGCAGUGCCCGGUGCUGCGGCAAUUGGGUUGGCGGCCCAGCCUGCAAGCGCAACAGCUAACCGGCAAGCAGCUGGAGCGAUGAUAGCAGCAUUGGGUUCUGCUGCUGCUGCUGUGGCUCCGGAUUGGGCAACAACGGCUGGGGCUUCGUCCGUUCCGGGGCGCUUGCACGGCGCAUCGGGGGCCGUCAGGACGCUGGACCCGGUGCUGCAGGGCGCAGCGGUCUUGCCGUUGCAGCAGCAGCAAGGACAGCCCCUGCAGCAACAACAGGGGCAGCAACAACAGCAGCCCUUGCUGGGCCCUCAGCUCCCAGUAGGAUUAGCACGCGGGGCAAUCGACGCCAUUCUUUCACGGCUGCUGCUCCCAGGGGGCCGGGACACGGCGCCCACGUCCUCCCUUGGCGCCGGUACCUUGGCUGCAAAAGGCGGCGAUGCACCGUCUAAUGGCAGCGCUGCUGCCAGUGCUGGCCUCAGCACCGAAGGCCGAGUCGCAAGCGGGUCUAUCGGUUGUGCAGCAGGCUCGACAGCAGCGGACAAUGUGGUGGCGGCGCUGGGCACGGCAGCACCGGGUACGGCAGUGGAGGCGCUUGCUGCGGGGGUGCUGCCCGUGGGAAGGGCGGGGGAGCUGCUGAGCGUGCUGCAGGCGAGCAGCCAGAAGGCCGCUAGUCUGAUGUCGGAGCUGGAAGCGGCACGGCGGGAGGCGCAGGCAGCGAACGAGAGCCGCAGGGCGGAGGAGGCGGACAACCUGGCACGCGCCUUCCAGCAGCAGCUCGUCGCGCGACAGCGGCAGGUGGCAGCCUGGCAGGCGGCGUUGCUGGACAUGGAGGAAAGGGAGUCUGCGGCCCAGCAGCAGCUGCAGGCGGCGCAAGAGCGCUGCGACCAGCUAGCCCAGCAAGCCAGCCAGGCAGAGCACGUGGCGGCAACCGCGCAGCUGCGUCUGGAGCGGCUGCUGCUGCAGCAGCGCAGCGCCGCGCAGCACCGGGCGAGCCAGGCCAGCAUGGAGACCGCGUCAGGUGGGAGGGGCUCCCGGGACAGCAGCCGGGUGCAGCAGGUGGCAAGUCGGGACGAGGAGCAGGAGGGGGCUGAGGCGGCGCCCCCGCAGCUGCAGCUGAGGCACCUGCGGGCCAACCUGGCAGCGGCUCAGACGCGCGCAACUCGCGCGGAGCUUGAACUUGCUGUGGCGAGGAACCGGACGCUCAUUACGCAGCAGGAGCUGGUUGCCGAGGAGGAGCGGGCGCGGCGGGCGGCCGCAGCAGCCGCGGUGGCGCGGGAGGAGCUGGGGCGCACUCGGUCCGCCAUGGAGCUGAUGGGACGGGACCACGAGCUGCUGCGGCACCAGAUGCGGGAGCUGCGGGCUAAGAUGGCUGGCAGGGGCGUCUCGACACCGCAGGGCGGUCAGCAGGACCGCCCUGCCGCGGGGCUGCAGCAACCGCAGCAGCAUCAGUCACAGCAGCAGCACCCAGGCGGAUCCCCAAGAGUGGAUCACCGCGAAUUACCCCAGUCGCAGACGACUGUGGCUGCGGCCAUGGCCUCGACAGCCAUGCACGAUUCAGCGGCAGGCAGCACCCUUGCGGCCGGGGGGUCGAUGCGGCAGAUAGACGGGAACGCCGCAGUCCGCAGCCCGAAGCAUGUGGCUGCGGCAGUGGCCAGGGUAUCUGAAGCAUGCCUCGACACGCCGAAAUCAUCAACCCACCAACGCCUCGCGCCCGCUGAGUUUCGGAGUGACGUCAGUAGCGGCCUGUUUGACAUGGCUUGUCUGGACAGCGACGGCAGCAGCUUCAGUUCCGCAACGGCGCCCGGCAGCGCUUCCUGCACUGAACCCGGGGCGGCCACAGCAGCAGCAGCUGCAGGACGGGAUCUAGGGCAGCUGCCGCCGCAGCCGCCAGCGGCGGUCAGGAGCCAUCGGCGGGGGUCCCUGUUGCUUCUGGCGCCGGGUGAGGUGCCCGCAGAGGCUGCCGCAGCUGCUCGGUACGGGCAGGAAGACCCCUCGCCCAGGCGACAGAGCGGCUCGCCAGAUCCACGCGAUGAUGAGGCGGAAGCCCCCAGUGGCGUGCCCGCCAAGAGUUCUUCCGAGCCGCAGACUUUGUUGCAGAUGGAUGCCGACUUUGCGUUUGUUGCCUCUCCAAACGGGACGUGUAACGGAGGAGAAGAUGGUGUUAAUCCUCUUGCUCUUAGCAUGAGCAGCGGAAUGCGGAUUGCCAAGACGCACGAUGGCUCCAUGCACCGGCGUAGCCUGGAGAAACGCGACCCACGGAUGUCCCACGUCGUUGGGGCUGAUGUGGAUAGCCCUUCGAGCAAGAACGCCGCCCUUCAGGCAAUGCUGAUGGGAAGCACUUCUAGUGGUGCCAGCAGUUUCAGAAGCAUCGCGGGCGCUUUACUGCCGGACGAGCUGCUGCCCCUGAGUCGUGCGCCCUCUUCUGGGUCUCGACGACACCGUUCGGUCUUCCAAAACAGCCAGAGCAGCGGCAUCCGAGGCGCGGCAGCUUCUCCGCACUAUGCAGCCGGGGGGCUGCACUGGGACGUCCCGACGUCACCGCAGUCGCUGACCAGGGGUCUGAAAUCACCGCUGCGGCAGCAGCUGGCGGAUAGCGGCCAAGGCAAGGGCACACCGCAUCAAGAGCAUCAACAGCAGUUGCCGCGACCUCCGCUUAGCCCGGUUCGCGCACAGCCCGGACUGGAUUCAGAUCCAUCAUCGCCGCUAGGACCAAACCGAAAACGAGCGGCGACACCUGUCUCAUCGCCAAAGGAGCAUCAAGCCCCCCAGCCGCAGAAUCACCAGCAGCGGCCACCGCCACAAUCCCCGCAGCAACCAGAACAAGGGGGCCAACCGCACCGACUACCCGCACCAUCAGCUGCCCGAACCUUGGCACACAACGCUUGGGGGCAUCGGCCUCCGCUGCCGCCCGCACAGCUGGAACACUUACUGCCGCAGUUGGAGAAGUCCGACUCGCCUAGGACAGUGCCGCCCGCGCCCAUGCACCAACAUGGAGCCAGCGGUCCUGAGGGUCCGGUCAGGUCCUGGAGCCCGCACAUCCCAACGCAGGAUGAAGGCAAACACAACGCAGCCGCAACGGCAGCGCCUGUCGUACAGCAUGCAUACCAUGCCCCGCCUUUCAGCGUGCCGCAACGAGUGGCGGCUGCAUCAACAACCUCCCCGCCCCGCGCACCUACGGUUACAGCGAAGCCCCCCAUGCAACAGCAGCAGCCGCGACCCGUGGGUCAUCCUGGCGCUGCAGUGACGACGGGCGUAACCAUGCCCGGGAGCAGGUUGCUUCCUAGCCCUCCUGAAGGAUACAUUAGCAACCACCUUAACGACUUAUACGAAAGCCUGCAACACAGCAUGUCAUGUGCGCCCGGCUUCCGUGAACGUCAGCUGCCCCCGCCACCGCCGCACCCAGUACUGCCUGCAUCAGUGCACCUCGACACUGCCAGCCUGCCUAGCCGGCGGGAGGCUAGGCAUCAGCAACACGACCAGCAGCAACCGCCCCAGCUGCAGGAGCAGCUUCAGGCGCGUGGGCAGGAGCAAGGUCUCCAAGGGGUGGUGCAGCCGGCAGGCCAUGCCCCUACGUUGAGGAGCCAUGACGACGGUUCCAGCAUUCACGACCUCAGCCUCCAGCAGAGUAGCCACAACAACGCCAACCGCCGCUCUGACAGCCACCAUAGCCAUGCGCCUGAUGCUGACGAUGGUGACGCAGCCGGCAUCGCAGGUUACACAGACGCGGAGCUCGCAGGCGCGGAGGGCUCCCCAACCCUAUCCGCGUUCGCCUUCACACCUCGUACGCGCAUGCUGAGCCCCUCCCAGCUCGACAGCUACCGAGUGAGCGCCGCCCUCACAGCUUCCGUGGCCUCUACUGCCACGGUGAGCGCCAGCCGUGACAUGGAUGGCGGUUUCGGCAGCUUCGGGGGCGCAGCUAGUGCUAGUGCCGAUGGGACCUCUGGAGACAGGGGUUUCGGAGCCAGAAGCACAGGCGGAGGCGGCGCCACAGACGGGCAGCGCAACUCCGGCUUUUUCGCCUCUGUCAGCGGCUCCGGAUCUGGCUUGCUGCUGCCAAGGUCUCAUUCCGCUGCGUCUGAAGCCGCGGGUAGCCGCAUUGGCGCUGCGGCAGUGCCGCCGCCGCCGCCUCAGCAGCAGCAGCAGCAGCAGCAUGGAGACCCCUGGUGGCGACGCCUACUGAGGCGACCACCGUUGCGCCGUCUCGGUUUGCCGCUAUCAGCCUCCUCCUCCUGUUCCUCCUCGUCUCCCUCCGCACCGUCCUCGCAUGCACGCUGUGCAUCGCACCAAGGGAGCAGGCCCCCACCGCUUUCCGCAGUUCCUGAGGACGAGGUAGCGAGCGGAGGGAAGUCGCCACGGCACUGCCUGGGCGAUAAUGACCAAGGCGAGGGCGACAGUACCAACGUUGACGGCGGUACAGGUCCCUCUCGCCACCCUCUGGGCAACGUGUUGAUGCAGCUGGCGUUGUGGUCGGGUGGUGUUGCGUGUGGCAUGUUGCUGAUGUUGGGGGUGGCGGGUUUGGUGGAAGGCACGCUGGGUAGAGCGGGCGGCGCGCAGGGGUCUUCGCACAUGCUGUUGCAGACCUGUGGGGGCUGUGGUGUGGAGGGAAAAGGUGGUGCAGAGAAGGAGAGGGAUCAGAGGCGUGG